AUGGAUCAUCGCCGGCUCCGCCCCUUGCUCUGCGCUCUACACGAUAAAAAGGCAGUGAUUGCGAUCGUUAUUUCAUUGGUUUCACUGUUCUGCUUUGACUUCCCCUUGUUCCGGUGUAAUGGGAUCAACUACGUUCUGUCGUGUUAUAACUGCAUGGGAAGGAGAGGAUACGGUGGUGGCAUGGGAAUGCAACCUGGAAUGGCCGGUAUGGGAAUGGGUGGCAGACCUCUAUUCCCUCAUUUUGGUCCUGCUCCCAUAGGUUUCCUUGGUGCGAUGGGCUAA